AGAUGCUUUGCUAUCUCUUGUAACAGUUGCUGUUUAUUUUUAUUUUGAAAUAAAACGCCACGAGAAACUAGAAGCAGAUGAUAUUUUGGUGUGACAGUACGCUGUUCGUGAAGGUGCAAGCUCUGCUGUUUGUACUAUGUUCUAACUUUUAGUCCUAUGACCUUGGUUUUUCAAGAAAAUUGUUUGAAAUUACUAUCGUCACUAUAUAUAAUUAUAUUAAAUUCAUAUAGGAAGUGCGACCAGCAACUUAUAUUUCAUAUUAACAAUUUUUAAAAUUACAAUAAUGUUUUCAAGAUGUAUAAACCAUGUUAGGGCAAGAUUUUUUUCAUUGGCAACUGUCGAUACUCGAAUGAGCGUUAGAGACGCAGAGAAGCUGGCGCCGAACACCUUGACGGACACAUUUGGCCGCCACCACACCUACCUUAGAAUCUCUCUGUCAGAGCGGUGUAACUUGAGAUGCCAGUACUGCAUGCCCGAGGAGGGGGUGGACCUGACGCCUCAGUCCCAGCUUCUGUCCACGGACGAGGUGCUGAGGCUCGCCGAGCUGUUCGUGCGAGAGGGCGUGACCAAGAUCAGGCUGACCGGCGGGGAGCCGACCAUCCGCAAGGACCUGGUGGACAUCAUCGGUUCCCUGAAGCAGCUGGCGGGGCUGCGGGCGGUGGGCGUGACCACGAACGGCCUGGUGCUGACGCGGAGGCUGGUGGCGCUGCAGCGCGCGGGACUCGACGUGCUGAACGUCAGCCUGGACACGCUCCGGCCGGCGCGCUACGAGCGCGUCACCCGGCGGAGGGGGCUCGAGAAGGUGCGCGCGGGCGUGGACCUGGCCUUGCAGCUCGGCUACAGCCCGGUCAAGAUCAAUGUAGUAGUGAUGCGUAACUUCAAUGAAGAUGAAAUUUGCGAUUUUGUGCAACUUACGGAAAAACAGUGCCUUGAUGUGAGAUUCAUCGAGUACAUGCCCUUCACUGGCAAUAAGUGGGACCAAGAAAAAAUGGUGCCAUUCAAAGAAAUGGUUGCUAUCAUAAGAAGACAGUGGCCGGAGUUCAGUGCACUUCAAAACGCUCCCAACGACACAUCGAAGGCGUUCAAGGUGCCUGGCUUCGCGGGCCAGGUGGGCUUCAUCACGUCCAUGAGCGAGCACUUCUGUGGCUCCUGCAACAGGCUCCGCCUCACUGCGGACGGCAACCUGAAGGUCUGCUUGUUCGGCAACACCGAGGUCUCUCUUCGGGACGCCCUUCGCAGCAACUGCAGUGAGGAGGACUUGGUGGCUAUGAUCAGUGCGGCAGUCAGGCGGAAGAAGAGGCAGCAUGCAGUUGCAGGUGGUUGGUCGUCGUACAGCAACAAGCUACGUCACUGGGAAAUGCGGGAGUGGUCUCGCCCGUGGAGCUCCGGCGGCAGACACGGCCCGGCUCUCCUCGGCAGACACGGCCCGGAGAGCCGGCAGCCGCGCGCGUGCCUGCACGGGGGCUCGCUGACGCACGUGGACGACACGGGCCGUGCGCGGAUGGUGGACGUGGGGGACAAGGCAGUGACGCGCCGCGCGGCCCGUGCCAGGGCCGUGGUGCUGGUGGGGGGCGCGGUGGGGCAGCUCAUCGCCCGGGACGCCAUGCAGAAGGGCGACGUGCUGCUGGUGGCGCGGCUGGCGGGCAUCGUCGCCGCCAAGCGCACGGCCGAGCUGGUCCCGCUGUGCCACCACGUGCCCUUGUCGUCCGUGAGCGUGGACGCUCGGCUGCGCGCGGACCAGGCCGCCGUGGUCAUCACCUCGGAGGUGCGCUGCGAGGCGAGGACGGGCGUGGAGAUGGAGGCGCUGACGGCCGUCGCGGUGGCAGCCCUGACAGUCUACGACAUGUGCAAGGCGGCGAGCCACGGCAUCGUGAUCACGGACGUCUGCCUGCUGAGCAAGUCCGGGGGCCGGAGCGGCACGUUCCAGAGAGACGAGCAUUCGGGGGGCAGUUCCUCCACCGAGAGUUGACUCCUCUUUCGUCUGUCAUCUCGCUCUGUCCCGUGUUGUUCCGAGUUCUGGAUGUUACUUCCGUAUUUAAUACAGUAACAGUACUCAUCAUUAAAACAGCAUUAAUGUAAAUGUUUGCAUUUAAUUGACUUUAAAUUUAAUUUGAAAAUAAAAUACUAUUAAAAAGAACUUUUUAACUUGUAAAUCAUUAGCAAGUUAUUACUCUUGUCUAUCGUUAUUAUACGUAACAUCAGGGUGAAAAACGUACUUACCUAGCACGUUUUGAAACUUUUGACUUAUGAAAAUUUUCCAAACCACAUUCCGCAAUAUUAAGAUGGGGGUUGCACUGCUUAAACCAUCUCCAUGACUCACUAUUGAAACUGGGGCUUGAGGUGUGUGGGUGGUGAGUCUCUACAGGUCCACCUGAUACUGAUGCUGUGAGAGCUGAAGCCCAGUAUGGUUCUCUGCAUGGGUGGGCUGUGGAAGAUUGUGGCAGGAUUUUCUAUCAGCAUUCAUCACUUUUUUUUUUUUUUUUUUGCAAAGGUACUCUAAUAUAUUUUUGAAGUGGUUCAGUUAUAAGUAAAGCACAAAAUUAUGAAAAUAAAAAAAGCAUUUUCACAUUUCAAAUAAAUGCUUUACAUUCUUCAGAAAAUGUAUGUAAUCAACAUGUUUAACGAAGCUCCUGCAUUGUGUUUCAAUUGUUAAUUACCUAUGUAUGUAGUUUGUUGCAGUAUUAUUGUUUUAUUUUAUUCUAGUGAUUUUAAACAUUUUUAUUGUAUGUACUAAAUUUAUUUUUGUCUAUUGGUUUGAUCAGUCUUUUGUGUUUUGGUUAAAACGGGUUAGUGCAAUUAUAUGUUUAGUGCUGUUUAAGUGAGAUAUCUUCUCAUGUAUCAAAAUCUGAUUUCUGUGCAGUUAAUAUGUGUGUUAGUAAAUAGUGGGGAAUUUAGUUAUACAGUAGAACCCCUCAUAUCCGACCUUCCCACAACCGACUCCUCCGGAUAUCCGACCUAGUCUCCGUGGUUGGCGAGACUGUUCAGACUUGAAAAAGUGACGCAUCUACAAUAUGUCUUCGUGUCGCAAACUGUUCAGUUCAGCCGUGAUUGUUGGUGCAGAAUGUUCUACUACUAUAAUCUUGUACUGUUCUGUGUUUUUUUUUAAUGUAACGUAAUGUAUUGUGGGUAGAAAAAGUGGAGGGACACUUCUGCAAAAUCAAGAUUUGGCAAAACUGAAACAAAAAUACAUUACUGAAUUCUUUAAGUAAGGUAUGCUUACAUGGUAUGUAUCGUCUCAUUUAUAAUUUAACAAAAAUAAAUGUUUGAAAUGUAUAAAGCAACAUUUUUACAAAUAAAGUUGUAUUACUGUACACACUGUAUAGCUGGGAAAGGCGUUUUUUUUUUUUUGCUCCUACGGAUAUCCGACCUUUUGGCCGUUCCGACCAUGGCCCGGACCCGUCAUGGUCGGAUAUGUGAGGUUCUACUGUAGUUGUAUAUGAUUUAAUUAUUGUCUUCCAUUUAUGAAUCUAACAUUACAUGUACUUUCUGUAGAUAUAUUUUUCCCUACAUUGUCAUACUCCAGUGACAAGAUAUCUUCCGUAACAUUUAUGCGUAGAGUUGUGAUGAAACUGUACUGUACAUGGUGUUACUUUUUUCAUAUUAUACUGCAUUUGGAAUGUAGUAGUUUCGUGUUUGUUCUUGUGGGAAAGGGGAACACAAAAGUUAUAACUCUCAUUUAUACUGUUUGUUGUGUGUGUGUGUGUACGUGUGUGUGUACGUGUGUGUGUAGUGCAUCAUAGUAAAAUGUUAGGCGCUCAACGUGAUGUUGAGUAUUAAAAACUGUUUUUGCCUAUUCACCCUGGCUGUGAAACUUACAUAAGUUUGAAGAGAAGUUUAAAGCAAAGAUUUGGCACAUAACAUGUAUGAUUUUUAUAAUAAUUUUACAAGAAAAUAAGGUCUUAAGACUACUGUAAUUCUUUAAUGAUAUGAAACAAUAGUUAAAGAACUUUUGUGAAGAUUAAACAGAAAAGGUUUUUGCUAAGUUUCAUUAUUUGGAAUUUAAAAAUAUUAAAUUAUUAAGACAUCUGUUAUCAUGUCUUAUAGUUAAUGUUGUAUUAUAAUUUAGAAGGUGAUCUGUGCUUGCCCAACAUUUCAGACCAUGUUAUAUUUUAUGGAAUCCUAAAAUCAACUGCAUUUUAUGUUAUAGGUAGGCCUGUGUGAAUAUUAAAAUUUCAAAACAUCAAAACAUAUAGUUUAUUGCUCUUAUUAUUCAAUUUGAUUUCAAAUACUAAUAUUUUCAAAAAAAAUGAACAUUCAGUCAUUUAUGAAUAGGGCUUGGUGGUAUUCCGUAACUGGGGAAAAAUUUUGGGAUCAUGGAAGAUUUUCCUUGUUUUAAUUUUUUUUUAGAUCCCCAUCAUAUUUAUUUUAAAGCUACUCACUUUACAUUAUUUUUAAAACCAUCCUCUAGAUGUUUCUUCACACUUACUGCACUUGUCUUAUAUAAUGUGUUUAAUCGCAUAAUCGUUGCACAUUUUAUACUAAAGUUAAGUUUGCAAAGUAGGGGUGUGAUUUUUAUGUGGAAAAAAAAAUUUGUUAGGUGAAGUUAUUGAUAAAAACAAAACCUAUUAAUGGAAAGUGCAUUUAUUUAAAAAGUAGAGUAUUACAUAAGCAUGCCAAACAAUUUAAAUUAAUCAGUCGUACAACAAACACAUUUUGUUCAACUUUAAAUAGAAACACGAAAAUGGUGACCCGAAUAUGAGCCGAAAUUAACGCGUAACCAUCGUCAUAGUACACAUUUACCACGAAAGAGUGCGGACUAUCAAAUGUAGUUAACUCUGCACUAGACAAAACGCACAUGUUGCAUGCUAUUGAUAUUGAUAUUCGACUACGUGCGCGAACUCUAUACAAGUAUUAAAAUAACCAAACAUGAAUUAUGCUAACUAGCCCUGGCUACAUUUUUAUGAGCAGUACACAGCAUUGAUGAAGCCAAACAUAUAAAGGCUAUAACAUUUGAAAACAUCUUUAAAAGAAAAUUUACACAUCAGAUAACUUUGUAUUUAGUUAAUUAAAUAAGAAAGCUGUAAUAUCCAAAUGAGUACAUAUUAGAUUUGAACUUAAAAUAAAAAAUAGUUUUAUAUGGGAAAACUACCUACACGAAGCACUUGGAAUCUAACAGCAUGAUAAUGCGACGUUUAUGCGAGAAUUUGUUUCUCCAAACUUUGAUGCCCCGUUAUUGGUUUGAUGAUUAUGCGCGUGCGACGAUUAUGCGGUAAAACAAUGUAUUAGUUUUGCACUGUUUAUUAAAAUAAUUUGUUUGCAGAUCAUGUUUUGAUUCUCAUGAGAAAUAAUUAUUUAUAUAUUUUUUUGAAAAUGUGAACUAUAACCUGGUGAAAAACAAAACACAGUAUUAAAUUUAAAACCGACAGUAAUGAUGAACUCUGAGCGAACUAAGAUCGCUGGCAGCACAGUUGUGUGGCCGGCUGCCAAAGCUAACAGCCAGAACACCUGAAAUUUUACAUGUAAUGUACAUUAAUUGUUUGAGAUUUUAAGUAGUUAUAAACAAAUGAAAAUAUGUUUUCUUAAAUGUCUUCUGAAGAAUUUAUUCACCAUAUGUAAAAUUGUCUUCCUUUAAAAAUGAAGAUUUGGCUAAAUGAUUUUCGUAUUUUUGUGUACAGUAAAUAAUGUAAAUUAAAACCGCCAUUUUUUUUUUCAUUUGAUUAAAUUGAGAUUGAAAAUUU